GAAUUUUCCAACUCUUGCUCACGACAAACUCUUUCUUCUCUUGCUCUCUCCUCGCAUAUUCCAGACCAGUCUAUCACACACCAUACCGUCAUUGUCUACGACUUGAGACCCCAGGCACGCAGCUAUCGACCUUGCUAUAUCGAAUCAAGGGUGUUGCGAAAUCUCGGAAGUCUCGAGUCUCAGGCGCUGAUGAUAAUGGCAGCGUCGAGCCAUUCUCCAAAUGGGCUUCCAUCCAUGGAAAGCUUCGUUGUGGGAAUCAUUGGCAUGGGCGACAUGGGCAAAAUGUAUGCCCGAAGGCUCAGUGCUGCUGGAUGGAGGAUCCUGGCAUGCGACCAGGAAGAAAAAUAUGAAGCUCUUCGGGAGGAGUUCUCUGGACACAAUAAUAUAACAAUUCAUCGCAACGGCCACCUGGUAUCUCGAGCUAGCGACUACGUCAUCUACAGUGUUGAGGCGGCAUCCAUCGGUCGCGUUGUAGCCCAGUAUGGACCAUCCACCAAGCAAAAUGCCAUCGUCGGUGGCCAGACGUCCUGCAAGGAUCCUGAGAUAAAGGCUUUUGAGCAGCACCUCCCAAGCGAUGUGGAUAUCGUAUCAUGCCACUCUCUCCACGGCCCAAAUGUAGACCCUAAAGGACAGCCUCUGGUCCUGAUACCACACCGUACCAAUAACUCCUCCUCCCUAGCCACGGUCGAAGCCAUCCUCAAGUGCUUCAACUCCACAAAGGUGAUACUCACGGCCCGCGAGCACGACCGAAUCACGGCCGACACGCAGGCCGUGACGCACGCCGCCUUCCUCUCCAUGGGCAAGGCGUGGCACGCGUCCCAGGAGUUCCCCUGGGAAGGGGCGCGGUACGUCGGAGGCAUCGAGAACGCAAAGAUCAACCUGAUGCUGCGAAUCUACGCGCAAAAGUGGCACGUCUACGCCGGGCUGGCCAUCCUCAACCCAGAGGCCCGCAAGCAGAUAGACCAGUACGCUCGCUCCACCACGGAGCUGUACAAGCUCAUGCUCGAGGGCCGGGCCGACGAGCUGCGGAAGCGGGUGCUGGCGGCGCGGGACAGGGUUUUCGGUCCCGAGGGCGCCCCAAAGUGGGAGGAGCGGCCGCUGCUCAGGGAUGGGUUGCUGGACCGCUUCAGUCUGAAGCCCGAAGGCAGCGGAACCGGCGAGCGGCAGCAGAUCCUGCCCAACAACCACCUCAGCCUGCUGGCCAUGGUGGACUGCUGGAGCGCGCUGGGGAUCGUGCCGUUCGACCACAUGAUCUGCUCGACGCCGCUGUUCCGGCUGUGGCUGGGCGUCACGGAGCACCUGUUCCGCAGCCCCGCGCGUCUGGACGAGGCGCUGCGCAUUGCUGUCGAGGACAACACCUUCCGGUCUGACGACCUCGAAUUCACCUUUGCCGCGAGGGGCUGGGCCGAGUGUGUGAGCCUGGGACACUUUGACACGUGGCGGGAGAGAUUCAUUGUCACGCAGCGCUUCUUUGAGCCGCGGUUCGCUGAUGCCAUCAAGGUCGGGAACGAGAUGGUCAAGGCGGUGCUGGAGUCCUCCAAGGAUUAGAACUAGAUAGUUAGUGGAGAGUAGUGCCAUCUUUUGUCUAUACGUCUACUAAGAGUUUGUAGUCAUAAUUUCGACACUCUCUAAUCCUGAAGCGACAAUGCAUGC